AUGGCCGACGACGACGAUCCCGUGGUGGCAUCCUAUGAUGUCUUCUUGACAGAGCCGCAUUCGGAAAACGAUACGAGCACCUCGAAACUCUUCCUGUUCCAGUAUCCUGCGCACAGAAGCAACAAGAGACCCUACAAUGCCAGCAGAAACCAGACUCCUACCGCGCUUCGAGUGAAGCCAAAAUCAGGGUUUGUCGAGGUUGAUGUUCCCAUUCUGCUCCAAGAGAAUUACAAUAUCUUGGUCGGAGAAAAAUAUGGAAAGGCAGUUGCUGAUAGCCGGACACUACAUGCUGGUGGUGCCCAUGGCCUUGCCGGAGGUUUCACAUCAAGCGCACACUCCAGAAUGAGGGAUGUACCCCCACAGGAGGACUUCCUUGCUAUGCCCCCUGUUCUACAAACGCAGUCAUUGGGCGGGAAGAUCGUUCCACCGAGCGCUCGAGACCCUAUCUAUCUUCUGGGUUGCUUUCGGCAAAAUCAGAUUCAUCUCUCCCAACUUGAUGCAGUUGUACAAAUGCGUCCUCAACUGCACCACAUCGAUGCGCAAGAAGAACAGCAGAAACGGGCUCAGUCCUUGACUGGCCCUGCUGCAGCAAGGCAAAAACCCGGGGCCAAUGGAGUACCAGGCAAGGUUGAGUCAAAGGCUAUCGAGAUUAAGAUCAAGGACACGAAGGAUGACCCCAAGGAUCGAAGCCUGAAUGAAAAUGCGAGGAGUCUCCGUGAUAUUCAGGUCGAAGAGUGGGAUGAGCAUGAAUGGGUCGAUGAAGAGGAUGAUGAUGCGAAGGAAGCAUCCGAUUCUCUGCUCCACCUAUCAUUUGCUGGAACUCCAUCUGCCUCGAGAUUGAAGAGUAGGAUCAGCAAUGGUGACUGGCUGGACAAGAUGAGCGCACCGAGAGAAGAUGGGAAGAAGGGACUGCUGGCCAAGUUGAGAGGUCGAGAACGAGAACGCGCACGCAGAAAGAAGGCGGAAGAAGAGAAACGUCAGCGACAAAGAGAGGCUGCCGGCCCAGCCACAAGUGUACAUGGACUCGCGCUGGAUAUGAGCUCAGAUAGCGACCUCAGUACCCCAGACGCUUCAGAUGGUCGGGAGUAA